AUGGUCUUAGACAAAGCGCCGCUGAGUCUGGACAAUGGCACCAUGACGAAAGGCUUUGUGGAGAUCAAUCCUGCUGCCAACACUGCUGCUGACACAUCGGCCCCCCCAACAGAACCUAAGACAGUGGCACCUGAGCAGCCGGACCCCUCCAGGAUAGAGGUGGUUUCAGUGACGGAGGAAGACCUCCCCACCGUUGAGACCCCCAACACACUGAACGUUAGCCCCCUGGGCAGCUUUGUGGGUGACGUCCAACCAGAGAACAGUUCAGCCAAACCUAAAGAUACCCAACCUCCAGCUGCACCCAGCCCCAUCAUGCCCAUCACCAAGGUGCAGCCAUUUAUGCACGGUGAGAAAGGCUGGAGGAGCAGACUGCUGGCUCACCGGCUGGAGCUGCUGAUCGCUGCCGGCCUCGUCCUGCUGCUCACUCUGGCUCUCGGCAUCGGGCUCGGAGUGGGUCUAAGCUGUGUGGGGAAGUUCCGAUGUGGGUCCUCCUCUCAGUGUAUCAGUGCAUGGGCUCAGUGUGACGGACAGCUGCACUGUGACAAUGGGGAGGACGAGCUCGGCUGUGUGCGUCUGAGUGGGAGCAGCUCUGUCCUGCAGGUGCAGCGGGGGGGUGUCUGGAGGACGGUGUGCUCAGAGGGCUGGAACAACGUGCUGGGGGUGUCGGCCUGCAGGCAGCUGGGAUACUCCAGGUAUGUUGAGUCCUUCUUCGUGUCUCUGACCUCCAUCGAGCAGGAUCUCCAGGACAACCUGGUGUCCAUCAACUUGAGCCAGGCACAGACCUUUAAGCUCCACAGUGCCACAGCCUCCAGUAAGACUCAGUGCAGCUCAGGGAAGGUGACCACCCUGAAGUGUCUGGAGUGCGGCUCCAGGCCCCAGUACAGCACUCGUAUCGUGGGGGGGAACAUCUCCAGGCCGGGGCAGUUCCCCUGGCAGGUCAGCCUGCACUUCGUCAGUGAGCACCUGUGUGGAGGCUCCAUCAUCUCCUCCCGCUGGGUGCUGACUGCAGCACACUGUGUGUACGGGUUUGCAGACCCCUCCAUGUGGGCGGUCCACGUGGGGCUGACGGAGCAGCCGGUGAACGGCGCUCAGUCUCUGGCUGUGGAGCAGAUCAUAUACCACGCUCACUACAGGCCCAAAGGACUGGACUACGACAUUGCACUGAUGAAACUGGCCACCCCCCUUGAUUUUAACGGCUUUGUGGAGCCCAUCUGCCUGCCAAACCAUGGGGAGGAGUUUGAGGAGGGCACCAUGUGCUGGAUCUCUGGAUGGGGAGCCACUGAGGAUGAAGGAGAGACCAGUGUGGUUCUGCGCUCCGCCAUGGUGCCACUGCUCUCCACGAAGACCUGCAACCAGCCAGAGGUUUACCAGGGCUUUAUCUCCUCCUGGAUGCUGUGUGCAGGAUACCUAGAGGGAGGAACCGACUCAUGCCAGGGCGACAGUGGAGGUCCUCUGGCCUGUCAGGACUCUGUAUGGAAGCUGGUUGGUGCGACCAGCUGGGGGAUUGGCUGCGCUAUGAGGAACAAGCCGGGCGUUUACACACGAAUCACACAGUCGCUCAGCUGGAUCCGCCAACAGAUGGAGAGAGAAGAGGCUUCUAACUCUCCAGCUCUGAGCACAGACAACUGAAGCACCAUGUGACAUCUCAGUCUGGAUGAUUCCACAUGACAGGACUACAGAGAUAAACAUCACAGCAGAAUGGCAGAGGGAUUAAUCUGCACACACCCUGAGUGGAGGCAAAGCUGAAGGAGCAGAGAGACGGGUCACAGCAGAGAGUUAGGCAUCGUUUAUUCCAAAAUAGAAAGCUCUAAGGCAAAACAGACAAGAAAAAAGUGAGCAACGCUUCAUAAAAAGCAAGACAAGUGAGGAACCGACAGUUCAGCAAGGGCCCACCCAGAGUCCCCCCACCCUCAGCUGCACCAAAUAACCAUUCCAGGCCUCAACUUUACAGGAGGAAAUGAACCAGAUACUGCAGCUAUUGACAGACAAUUGUUGUACAGUACAAUAUUACAGAUUUUCAAACAAGAGGCACCCUAUUUGUGAAGUAAUAUCAACAUACUGAUAGAGAUGUGGCGUCUCACUACAUGCAAUUGUAGUGGAAGGGGUCACAGCGUCCCUCAGGCGCCAAUCAACUUAACACCUGCCCUGUUUUAA